GGGAAAACGUAAUAGAAUAUCAGGGGAUGUCUUUUAAUGAAUAGAAGGUAAGAACGCAUCUCUCCCUCCCUUGGUCUCUCUCUUUCUCCCUUCCUCUCUCUCUUUCUUCUUUUCUCUCUCUCAUUACCUACUGCUAGCCUAUCUCUCAUUGGCACAUAUGGGUUUGCGUCUCUUCCACUCCAACGAUGGUAAGAAAGUGAGAGGAACAAAAUAAGGAAAAGAAAAAAAAGGAGUGAAUCUGUCCAUAAGAGGUUUAGACAAACUGAUCCGAUGAUUAUUGGUAGUGACCAUGGCGGACCCAUAAAAGCAGGUGGUGUUUCCAAAUUAGAACCGGCAACCUUUUGACGAUUUUCUGGCGAUAAUAUUCUGGAGACCAAUUUUCGACGACAAUACUCCGGUGACCAAUUUUCGACGACAAUAUUUCAGCAACUAAUUUCUACCCAGUUUGUCAGAAUCCAACAUACAAUCAAGAAAAGAGUACUUGGUGGAGAAGAACUUGCUCUCACAAGAGUGAAGGAAGCACUGGAUCAUUUUACUCCAGAAACUAGCUUGAAAGCAAACAUGGAAAAGUCCAGUAUUUUCAUAGCUGGAGUAACAGAUCAGAUGGAUGUGAAGACUGCUUUUCGGAAUGGAGAUCUAAAUGAAGAACUCUACAUGAAACAAUCAGAAGGAUUUGUCAUUCCUGAUCAAGAACAUAAAGAUUGUUUGGAGGCUCAGUCUAGGGGUCCAGCUAAUCAGUAGAGUAUCCAGGGAGAAGUGAUCCGUGUAGGGGUGAGCCUUCUUUGUUCCAGAAGGCUGUCAUUUCAGAUUAUGUUAUUCCUUUGUUUUGGUCUACUGGGGGCCUUGUCCCAGCUUUUCAGACAGUUGACUUUAGAUCAUGUAGUAGAGAUUUCGCAAACUGUUCUAGAAGUUGUUUAGUUGAUUUGGGAUUUCAUUCCGUAUGGUUAAACUGAAUCCAGGGUAUGACCAUGUUUCCGUAUUAGAUUAUAAUUCCGCAUUUUCUUUUAUUAUAUAAAUGUUGUGCAUAAUUUCUAGAACAGAUAGAGUAGAAUGUCUGGGCCUUCAUGGUUCGGGAUGUCCGUCGCGGCCAGGCCUUAGUUUGGGUCGUGACAGAAACAAAUGCAUCAGUUAAAAGUAUUGAGUUACAAAGAACAUGAAUGUGAAUUUGACAAAUUCAUUCUUCUUUAAACUUUAUGUUUUAGGUUCUUGAAAGAAGAUAUCUUUUAUUUUAAAAAUAUUCAUGAACCUAUUUACUAUUACUUAAUUAAUGCUCUUCUCCUGGAUUAAACUUUUAUCCUAUAAAUAGUGUUUCUUUUGUUUGAAAAGACAAGAACUCAAAAAAAAAUACUUUUCCCUUGAAAAAUAUUUGACAGACAUUGAUCAAACGGUAAGAUCUCCAAUGCAAGAAUAAAAGAGCAAUAUUCUUGAAAACUACUUGUCUUGUGGCUUAGUUGAAUCUCAAAGAUAAAAUAGUUAUUAAUUCUUCCGUUUGCUUGUGGAAGAGUCUCCAACUUUUUUCAAGAAGCGUGUAUUAUCAUGUUGCUAAGCCAAACAAGUUUCAUUUUGAAUUUCUUGUACAAUUAUCAUUAUUAUUCUAACAGCUUUUGUUGUUUUAGCAGCAAUCAAAUCUUAUCCUCCUCAGAGACAAUGGUGUCUAUUUCAGUUCACUCUCCAUCCCCUAUGCCCCACGUAAGAAAAAUAGUCAGAGAUCUGUGGUUACAAUAUAGUUUGUGGUACUGAAAAAUUGACACGCUUGUCAUACAUAUUACAACUUCCCUUGUGUAUAGGUUAUUGGUAAUCCAACUUGUAGCUAAAAUACAUUCCUGAGACUAGACCUCCAAAAGUAGACUGUCUUUCACUAAUAAAACUUCUACUACUCGGAAUUGACCGACAUUUAACAGUAUAUUUGUAUACAAUGACUUUGAUAUCAUUAAACAGAUCUUCAUUAUCAAUUCUUUGUUUAGACAAUAAAGAGAAACCUGCUUGUCAUAGUUAUGAACAGAGAUUGCAGUCUUCUCUUUGUUCUUGCAGUUUUCAUUCUGCUCCAUGACCAUUCAUCACUUGCUACAGUUCCUAAUAUUAGCACAGACAAAGCUGCUCUUCUUGCAUUGAAAUCUCACGUUUAUUCUCACCCUAACAACAUUUUGGCAAGAAACUGGUCUUCUUCCAGCACAAUUUGCAGCUGGAUUGGAAUCACAUGCAGCUCCCGCAAUGAUCGAGUCACUGCUCUAGACAUUUCUAGCAUGCAACUUCAUGGUACCAUUCCUCCACACCUUGGAAACCUCUCAUUUCUUAUUUCCCUCAAUAUCAGAAACAACACAUUCUAUGGAGAUUUGCCUGGAGAGUUGGCUUCUUUGCAUAGGUUGAAAUUGAUUAGUGUCGCAAGGAAUAACUUCAAUGGAUCCAUUCCGUCAUUUUUAAGUUUGUUACCAAACCUGCGCUCUGUGUACCUCUCAAGCAACCAAUUUUCGGGGAAAAUUCCUUCUUCCCUUUCCAAUCUAACAAAGCUGGAAGUGUUGAGUAUAGAGAGCAAUUUUCUCGAAGGAGAGAUCCCUCGGGAACUCGGUGAUCUUCGUCGCCUGACAUUCCUAAACCUGCAACUAAACCAGCUUACUGGCUCUGUACCUACGUCAAUCUUUAACAUUACAGCGAUGCAAAAUAUUGGUCUUACCGCCAACAAUCUUAGUGGAAAGCUUCCAACAACUAUAUGUGACAAUCUUCCAAACUUGGAAGGGCUUUACCUCUCAUUUAACUCCAUAGAUGGAGUUAUUCCACCAAACCUGGAGAAAUGCAGAAAGCUUCAAACACUGUCAUUAGGGAAAAAUAAGUUUUUUGGAACUGUACCAAGAGAGCUAGCCAACUUAACAGCUCUUACAAGGUUAUCUCUUGCAGCUCUACAUUUGGAAGGAGAGAUACCUUUGGAGCUAGGUAAUCUUAAGAAACUACAGCGGCUUACAUUAUCCCAGAAUAAAUUUAUUGGUUCUGUCCCUGCAAGCAUUUUCAACAUGUCAGCACUGCAGCUCAUAGAUCUUGUAGAAAACAAGCUAUCAGGUAUUCUACCCUUAGAUUUAGGUCGUGGAAUGCCAAACCUAGAAGUAUUUUACUGCGCAUUAAAUAAUUUGAGUGGUUCUAUCUCUGCUUCAAUAUCAAAUUCUUCAAGACUCAAAAUACUUGAUCUCUCAUACAACAGUUUCACAGGUCAUAUUCCUGAAUCAGUUGGCAACUUAGAAUACCUUCAGUUUCUGAACUUGCAACUGAAUAAUUUUUUCAGCGAUUCAACAUUCAGCUUCCUUUCAUCAUUAACAAACUGUAGGAAUUUACGAGUACUCUGGUUUGGCAAUAAUCCAUUGGAUGGUGUUUUUCCUGCAUCCGUUGGUAAUUUAUCCUCUUCCUUGCAAAGUUUUGAAGCAGAAGGUUGUAAACUGAAGGGUGUCAUUCGUCAAGAGAUUGGUAAUCUUAGUGGAGUCAUGCGUAUAAGUCUGUAUAACAAUGAGUUGACUGGACAUAUUCCAAGUACUCUCCAAGGCAUGUUGAACCUUCAAGAACUUUACCUACAAAGCAACAAGAUAGGAGGAACAAUACCAGAUAUUAUGUGCAGUUUAAAGAAUCUUGGUGCAUUAGACUUGUCAAGAAAUCAGUUUUCUGGUUCAGUGCUACCAUGCUUAGGGAAUGUCACUAGUUUGAGGAAACUUUAUCUAGCUUACAACAGGCUUAAUUCAACAUUACCUGCAAGCUUGGGGAGCCUUCAAGACCUCAUUGAAUUCAAUGUUUCAUCCAAUUUAUUGAGUGGACAAAUUCCACUUGAGAGUGGAAAGUUCAAGGCUGCAACACUCAUUGAUCUGUCAAAAAAUUAUUUUUCUGGUAAGAUUCCUAGUACUCUAGGGGGUCUAGAUAGAUUGGUUAAUCUUUCACUGGCACAUAAUAGAUUAGAUGGGCCUAUACCAGAUUCAUUUGGCAAAAUGUUGGCAUUGGAAUUCUUGGAUUUGAGCUAUAACAAUCUUAGUGGUGAAAUUCCAAAGUCAUUAGAAGCUCUUGUGUAUCUGAAAUACCUGAACUUCUCAUUCAAUAAACUUAGUGGUGAGAUUCCCACUGGUGGUCCUUUUGCAAAUGCGACUGGUAAAUCUUUUUUGUCCAAUGAUGCACUCUGUGGGGAUUCUAAGUAUAAUGUGUCACUGUGUGCCAUCCAAUCUAUCAAGAGGAAAAAGACAAUCUUGAUUUUGUACGUCAUUUUGGGAGGAGGAGUGUUAUUUCUUGUAUUAACCCUCGCAUAUGUAUUUGUAAGAUUACAAAAGAUAAAGAAGAAUACAGGUCAAGCAAAUGUCUCUCUAGGGAAAGGGCAUAAAAGAAUUUCUUAUUAUGAACUUGAACAGGCAACAGGAGGAUUCAAUGAAAGCAACUUGAUUGGUAAUGGGAGCAUUAGCAUGGUCUACAAAGGAAUACUUAAGGAUGGUACUCUUUUGGCAGUAAAGGUAUUCAACAUGCAAUUGGAGGGUGCAUUCAAAAGUUUUGACACAGAAUGUAAGAUACUCCGCAACCUUCGCCACAGAAAUCUGACCAAAGUUAUCACCAGCUGCUCCAACCUUGAUUUCAAGGCCUUAGUGUUGGAGUACAUGCCCAAUGGGACACUUGAUAAAUGGUUAUAUUCUCACAACUUGUUCUUGAGUUUAUUGCAGAGAUUAGAUAUAAUGAUAGAUGUUGCAUCUGCAAUGGACUAUCUCCACAAUGGCUAUUCAACACCAGUGGUGCAUUGUGACUUGAAGCCAAGCAAUGUCUUGCUAGAUCAAUCCAUGGUUGGUCAUGUCAGUGAUUUUGGCAUUGCAAAAUUGGUAGGUCCAGGAGUGGCUUUUGUUCAGACAGGGACAAUUGCAACCAUAGGAUACAUUGCUCCAGAGUAUGGACAAGAUGGAAUAGUAUCCACGAGUUGUGAUGUUUAUAGUUUUGGCAUCCUGAUGAUGGAGACGUUCAUGAGAACAAGACCAAGUGAUGAAAUAUUUACCGGAGACUUGAGCAUACUACGUUGGGUUACUGAUUCCUUUCCGGGUGAGAUUCAUAAGGUGGUGGAUUCUAAUUUGGUACUGCCAGGGGAUGAACAAAUUGACGCAAAGAUGCAAUGUUUGUUAUCCAUUAUGAAAUUAGCAUUGAACUGCACUUUAGGGACACCUGAUGAAAGAAUUUGCAUGAAAGAUGCUUUUUCAACACUGAAAAAGAUUAGGCUUCAGCUUGUCAGUAGCUAGGUGAAUCGGACCAUCUGCUCUUGUUUGUUACUUAAUUUACCUAUGCCUAUAUUACUCUUUCAAUUUUUCUCAAGUUCUUAAUGUUAGAGUGGGUAAAAGUCCCAUAUUGGUUGGGGAAUGGACUGUUGGUUUAC